CCACCAGCGACUCAGAACCCUCACGAACACGCACGGGCUCAGACGCAUUUCUCGGCACUCCGAGAACAGCGAGCGCAUAUUCGAGAGUUUCUAUUCGCUUGGAGAGCUCGCAACCGGGCACAUCCGUGGAGCAUCGCGGAUUGUCCUAAAUCGGGGCUUGAUCGGUCAUCCAGCAUCAUCGUGCGAGAGACUCGAAUCUCACCGGGACCGAGUUGUCCCUCGUUUUGUGAACCAGUGAUAAGAUAUUGAGAGUGUGAUCAUCAUCAUGUCGCCGCAUACGAGUUACACGCCUGUCAGCGGCAUGGAGUACGAGGAGCCAGUGUCGCGCACCUAUCAGUACCGCAAGGUGAUGAAGCCGAUGCUGGAGCGCAAGCGGCGCGCCCGCAUCAAUCGCUGCCUGGACGAGCUGAAGGAUCUGAUGGUGACCGCGUUGCAGGCCGAGGGCGAGAACGUGGCGAAGCUGGAGAAGGCGGACAUCCUCGAGCUCACGGUACGUCAUCUUCACACGUUACGCGCCGCCAGGAGGCUCACGCUCACCCCGGAGAACAGCUACGCCGAUCGAUUUCGCGACGGUUUCACCCAGUGCGCCCAGGAGGUGUCGACAUUCUUAUCGACGCCGGUCGCCGUGGCGGUGCAUCCCGCCGCCGGCGCCCAGCUUAUGCGACAUCUCGGCGGCUGCCUUCGACGACUGGAGGGCCCGGCCGGCGCCAAGCACCUACUCGCUACCACGGCGACGUCCACGAUCAAGACGACCCAGGCCAGCCAGACAAGCGUGCCCCAGAACGUGUACACUCCACCUCAGAGUCCUGUGAGUGUCGCGAGCUCUUCCGGCGAAUCCUCCGAGUCCUCCAACGCAGUCUGGAGACCCUGGUGAUGUGGACGGACGAUGAUGACGAACAUGUUCCGGUGACGGACAGUUGCCGCGAGAUGAGGAGCUUUCCUCCCGACGAUGUCGCGGGAGGAGGAGAACGACGAAACGCUGUCUUCCAAACGUAGACAUUAUUGCGAAGCCUCGUUAAAAAAUAUCGAGAAUUUUAUAUUAACUUUGCAAUGGGGUUUAAUCUAUCGCAUUGUACAUAGGUGAUUCAGCUUUAAGUGAAGUCUGUGAUAGGGUUCCAUUUUGUACCUGAGAUGACUAUUUUCUCAUAAAGAGCAUAGCGAAUAUUGUAUAGAUGUUAACUUGUUAUGUUUAAGAAUCUCUUUUUUCGACGUAAUGCCGUCUCUGUUGCAUCUCCAUCAUUAAUAAACGUCUUGAUUCGAUGAUAAACAAUGUUGAAAUAAUCACCAUCACCAUAUUUAUGUAUCCUUCUGUCCUUUAUUAAUCUUCGACGAAGCUAUAUGAAAACAAUAUAUAUUAUAAGACACGCAGUAAAACAUUAUUUUAUUUUAAAAUCUAUAAUUCUUUAUAUCACUUAAAUCAAUAUAUAUUUAUACAAAUUAUUGUAAUUUAAAUAAGAAAUAUUCGAAUAAGAGAGUUUAUUUAAUGAUUUAAUGAGAAAGGGAUGAGUCUCUUUCAUUCAUUGAUUUCAAUGUCUGCGUGCGCAGUUAAAAUUUUAAAUGAAUUACUAUAAUAAUAUAUUGCUACGUAACAAAAGGAUUAAUAAGUACAAUAAAAAUUAA